AUGAUUGGAGAAGUGAAGCAUGGAUAUGAUCCUAGAAGCUAUGAAGAAGCGAUAUUAGAUAUCGAUUCUGGAAAAUGGCUAGAAGCUAUGAACUUUGAGAUAGAGUCCAUGCAUGCUAAUCAAGUAUGGACUCUUGUUGAUCCUCAAGAAGGAAUACUUCUUAUUGGAUGUAGAUAUCAGUCCAACCUAGAGGAGAAGCACUGGUCUACUGUUAAAACAAUCCUUAAGCACUUAAGAAGAACUAAGGAUUUAAUCAUGAGUUACGAAGGUUUAGAAUUGAAGAUUCAGAGAUGCUCGGGCUCUGAUUUUAAGUCAAACAUGGAUGAUAAAAAGUGUACAUCUGGAUUCAUUUUCACUUGUAAUGGAGGUGCAGUCAAUUGGAAAAGUUCCAAACAGUCGACUACUGCCAAUUCCACUACAGAAGCUGAAUAUAUUGCCACUUUGAAAAUAGCAAAAGAAGUUGUCUAG